ACACAUGGGUCCCCCCCCCCAGACACCCUCUCAAACUCACGGCCUCCCCACCAAGGCUGUCGACUUUGCUGUGUGACAAGUGCUCAGGAGCCGGCCAUCCCACCGUGGGGUCCUCACUGAGUGAGGGAUGGAAGGGCCUGCUGGGGAGGGCCCUCCUGGCUGGCAGGAGCAGGUUGGACUCUUGUGAGACCUGCACAGAUGAGCAGUGAGGAGGCAGGCAGAGGAGAGGAGACGGAACAAUUCACAUUUAAUAAUGAGGGCUUCCCAGGUGGCUCAGUGGUAAAGAACCUGCCUUUUUUGCAGGGUUCUCGGGAGACUCUGGCUCGAUCCCUGAGUUGGGAAGAUCCCCUGGAGAAGGAAACGGCAACCCACUCCAGUAUUCUUGCCUUGGAAAUCCCAUGGACAGAGAAACCUGGUGGGUUUACAGUCCAUGGGUUCACAAAAAGAGUCAGACAUGACUUAGUGAUGAAAUAACCAAAACAACAACCCUCCAAAUCUUGGGUCUCUCCUUGGCCAUCUGUAGAUCUAGCUUAGCAAUCUGAGUCAUUUGAAUAUUUUUCUCCAACAGUCAGGUUUAGCUGUGAACCUGUGAGCACCUGACUUUUCAAACUUAAGACCCCAAUCUGACCAGAGGUUGUGAACCUGUGUGGAUUCAGGUGGGUUCUGCUUCGUGCUCUCACAUCUGUCUUUCUUCAUCAGCCUCAUCUUCCCCAUGUCAGGUUGGUUGGCCUGCUUUUUCCUCUGAGGUUCUGGUAACAAGGUCCUUUUAAAAGACCAGACCCUGGUUUUUGUUGGCAACAGGGAGGCCAGGAGAGAGGUGAAUAGGAUCCUCACCAAUGAGCAGUGACUCAGCAGCUCUGGCCGGCUGUGAAGCCAAAUGGUGCAUCAUACUUUCUUCCUCUGAAAGCAUCUGUUCAGGGGAAAUUAAAAAAAAAUUAGGUUGUACCACAAGACUUUUUAAAAGGUGUACUAUGUGACGAUUUAAAAUGUGUAUGCAGUGUGAAAUGAUUACCGCCAUCAAGUUAACUAACCUCACGUAGUUACCUUUUUUUCCUUCUUUCUUUGUGAUAAGAACACUUAAGAUCUCUUAGCAACUUCCAAAAAAGUACUGUUAACUAUAAUCACCACACUGUGCUUUCAAUUUCCAGAAUUUAUUAAUCUUAGAACUUAUAUCCUUUGACCAAUGUCUCCACCAUUUCCUCCACCCCCGGCCUCUGGCAACUACCAUGCUACUUUUUGGUUCUAUGAGUUUCCUUAUUUUUAGAGUGUAGGUAAGAUCACGCAGCAAUUGUUUUUCCAUGCCUGACAUUUCAUUUAGCACAAUGCCAUUAAGAUUCCUUCAUGGUGUUACAAAUGGCCAGAUGUCCUUCUUUUUGUAUGGCUGAAUAACAUUCCAUCAUAUGAUAUAUAUCACACCUUCUUCAUGCAUUCAUCCAUCAGUGGGUGCUUAGGCUGUUUCCAUGUCUUGGUUUUUGCAAAUAAUGCUGCUACGAACACAGGAGUACAGAUAUCUCUUUGACACAGUGUUUUUAUUUCCUUUGGAUAUAUUCCCAGAAAUGGGAUUGCUGGUUUAUAUGGUAGUUCUAGUUUUAAUUUUUUGAGAAACCUCCAUACUGUUUUCUUGGGCUUAAUUUGUUCAAGACCAGUGAGAAAGAGAAAUUGCAAAAGGACCUCAGUAAGCUUGGGGAUAGCCGUGGUGGGGAUUGCUUGCUGAUGACAUGCCUUUAGUUUAUUUUUUAUCUCCAGUCCCAGCUGGUGACUCCUUACACACUGUAGAUGAAUCCUCUUCCUCCGUCACCAUGCUUGCCCUCUCCUGGCACAUCUCUCACUCCUGUCUCACCUGACUCAUUCCUUCUGUUUCAGGGUCCUGCCCAAACCAGACCUUCCCGCAACCUCAACUCAUUCCCGGGUCAAAAUCCUUGCUAGAUAUUUGGAGCAUUAGUACUUCUCUUGCAAAGCACACAUCACUGUGCUAAUUUUAGAAGUAUUUGUCUCAUCUUUGCUGACAGUCUGUUUCCGCUACUGGGCUGGAAACCCUGUGAGAAGGGCAAGAACCUUGGGAGUCUCAUUCAUAGCUGUAACCCCAGUGUCAUCAAUGACCUGGCACACAGAAGCUGCUCUUUUGUUGCAGGAAUGAAUGAAUGAAUAAAUGAAUGAGUGCAUUCUCUGUCUCUCCCUGGCUGCCACCCGCGCCUUACCUCCUCUGGCCACCUAUGUUCUGCUGCCCUAGAAAGAGUCAAAGAACAGCUGUGUCCCCCCUGAGGUCCAUUAACAUUUCUGAGCCUACCUCCCACUCACAUUUUAAGUUUUCUCGUUUCCACAGACUUUACUUUUAGAACUGGGCAUGGGCUGGCUACCUGCAGCUGGGGGCUCAAUGCUGGACUUUUCCUCGGGUGUAGGGGUUCACUUCCAGAUUAGACUGGAAGUUCCCUGAGGGCAAGGACUCUGCUUGGCACAGAGCCAGGUGAAAAAAUCUUUGCUCAAUGCGGGAGCCGAUAGACAUGGAUUGAAGGUGAGCGGCUCCACACUGUGGCUGAUGGCUGAGCUCUAAGUCAUGGGAGGCAUCCAUGGUGAAGAGCCCCUGCUCCCAAGAUCCCCAGGUGGGGAACUUCUUUUUCCUGUGGACAGAGUGCCUGCUCGGGAGUUUCCAGCACCAGCCCCUGAGAGCACCCCAACCCUGCUCUGAACGAGGCCUGCGUUGGCCUGGGCUGCAUGGUUACCUCCGUCACUGGCUCGCCGCGUGCCCUCGAAAGUUCUCCAUGGAGACCAAGAACUUGGCUGAUUCCUGGGACAGUCCUGCAUGCCUUUUACACAUGGAGAAGCCAGGUCUGUGGAGAACACGACUGGUCCACGGGCAGGUGGCAGGUGACCUGAGGCUUCUAGGUCCCCAGCACCAGGCAGCCUGGCUCCUCAAGAGAGCCGCUGGAGCCCUGGCCUGGGUGUGGCCCCACAGCAGGCCGGGCGAGGCUGCCGGGUGCCCAGAGAUGGGAGCACAGCGGGCUUUUGUGCUCCAUGGGCACCGCCCCCUGGCUGGCCCCACCCCGCUCUCUGGAGAGCCUUUACCUACCCGCCCACCUCCUGCCAAUAGCUCUGCCAGCUUGUCCUCAUUCUGCACUCAGAGUUGCUCUCCGACCAGCGCUGGGGCCCCUGCACGACAGUCCUGCUGCCAGACUCCACAGGUCCCCUCCCCCAGGCUGAUCAUUAACCUGGAGGCUGUAUAA